UGAGAUCAAGACCUGAGCUGAGAUCAGAGUCAGAUGCUUAACCGACUGAGCCACCCAGGUGCCACUAUCCAAACGUAUUAAUAACAACACAAGCGUUCUUCGUUGUCCCAAUGUCUCUUUGGCACCUGACUUCUGAGAGGGAGAGCUCGGAUAAUUCAGGCAGUGAAAGAUACCAAGUUAUCUGAAGGGUUUUUUGCUUUUGCGUUUUACAUAGUGAGUGGGGAGGGUUCAGAUAAUGAGGGAUAACUGCUCCAGCUAAAAAAUAUAUUCAAAUCAAUUCAUUUCCCCGAGCUCCAGUGGCAGGAGUUGGGAUAGUAAGAGGACUGUAUUGUGUGAAUAUAUUUGGUUCCUGCAUUUUGCCUGGUGAGUAAGGGAAGCUCAGAGAGUACGGGACACCAGUUCUAUCUCAAAGGUGUAUCCAGAUCCAUUCAGUUCCUGUAUGUGGAUAGUGAGUGUUUGGAGAAUUUAUCUGAAUAGGUUUGGUUCCUGCAUUUUUGAUGUUGAGUAGCGAGAGGUCUGAUAAUUAUGGAAAACAACUCUGUUUCAAAUAUGUCUGGUUUGAUAGUUAGGGAGGGUUCAAUGUCUGUGGCAAGUAGGGAGGGUUUGGAGGCUGAAGGAUACCAACUCUGUCUCAGCAGUGCAUCUGAAUACAUUUAGUUCCUGAUUUUGAAUAGUGAGAGUUGGGACAAGUUUAUUGGCUGGAAAACAGCUCUGUUUCAGAUUUAUCAGGUGAAGCUGAAGGAUACCAGCUCUGUCUCAAAAAAAAAAAAAAAAAAUACACACACACACUUGAUUCCUGAGUUUGGAUUGGGAGGAAUAUUGUCAUUAUGACAGCCAAUACCUAUCCAGCAGUUACCAAGGGCCAGUGACCGUGCUAGGCACGCUGUGAGUGUCGUAACUCACGUCAUGCUUGCAACAGUCCUGUGAAGUACAUCCUGUUGUCAUCACCCCCGUUUUACAGAUGAAGACGCUGAGGCAAAGAGAGGACAAGUGACUAGUCGGGGCAGCCGUUGGUGGCAGGGCGGGGUUGGAUCCCAGAGCCGGGCUGGCUACCCCUACAGGAGGCCGCGUGGGGCUCAGGUCCCAGCUGGGGCGGGGCCUAGAGGUUGGCCAUCUUGCAGGCUGAGGACGUGUGCGGGUGAUUCUGCCCCACCUGUCUGCUUGGCCCUGCUCUCCCCUCCUUACUCCUGCCCCAGCCCACCUCUGCAUGGGCUUACUAUUGUUGUUAUUGCCCGUCAUUAAUGACGUGGUGUGAGUUUCCUUGUACUUUGAAAUGCCUUCCAAAGCGACUGUGGCCUCUGUCGGCCCUAUAACCGCUGUUUACCCAUUUUACAGAUGAGGAAAGCCAAGCCUUGAUACUCAGUCUGCAUUGCCAGCCAGAGAUGCCCUCGGCCCUCUCAGCUCUGGUUUCAUAAGUGUCCCUCUUCCCAGCAUUCUUGCUGUCCCACAAGAGGCGGGAGAGGCCAUGGCUGAGGGGACACUCCCCAUUGACACCCAGCCACCCACCUUAUGGCUGCUGCCUUCACCAGCCCUAGGCAGUGAAGGGGGGAGAAGGCGGUGGGUGAAAAGAGCCUUUGUGUCCCACGCCAGAAAUCUCACCCCCAGGAAGAGAGGUGGGCAGGGUGGCGGGAGGCCUUGGUGGCACGCAUCUACAUAUAUGGGGCGGGGCAUUGCUUAUACAGGGCUCCCCUCCACGCUUGGCCCCCCCCGCCGAGUGGGGAGGGAGCUUUCCUCACUCUGCUCUUUCACGUCACAGCCUGGGCUGCUGCGGGGGCCCAGGUUGGGCUUGGGCCCUGAGGUCACAGAACAGAUGGUCCCAAAUGGAGCACAGGAUGUGUGGUAUGUGCCGGGGCAGGCCAGAGCCCUCAAUUUCCUUGACUCUGGCCAGAAAUGCCCAAGGGGGAGGAGUGGGGCAGAGCCAGCCUGGAUGUGAAGAAGCAUGAGCCCCCUCCCCACUCCUCCUCCCUUGCAGGAGUAGCCUCUGUCCGCCUCCAGCCCAGGACCCGGCCUCCCGAGUUCUGAGUCCACCUGCUCUUAGGCCUCUGUGAUCAGAAUCAGGCCUCUUCACCUCUCCAAGCCCCAGCUUCCACAUCUAUGAGCUGGCUAUGAAGAGCUGGGUCUGCGUCAUCCUCCCAGGUAAGACUCCUGACUGCGGCCCAUGGGCCUCUGAGGAGGCGUCGUAAGUCCGCCCAGCUCCCCACGUGCUGUGCUUCCACUCAAUGGGAAGGGAGCCGAGGCCCUGUCCAGCGAUCAGCCACGGCCUCUCGACGGCACCAGGAUGGAAGUCAAAGCUGCCCUGUUCGGAGAGGCUGCCCCCCAGGUGAAAUCAGAGCGUUUGCGGGGACUGCUCGACCGGCAGCGAGCCCUGCAGGAGGCCCUGAGCCUGAAACUUCAGGAGCUCCGCAAAGUGUGUCUCCAGGAGGCGGAGCUGACCGGCCAGCUGCCCCCCGAGUGCCCGCUGGAGCCUGGGGAACGGCCCCAGCUGGUCCGCCGGCGGCCCCCUGCAGCCCGAGCCUACCCUGCAUCGCACCCCAACCCAGCACACCGCUCCUUGUGCCCUGCUGAGGAGCUGGCUCUCGAGGCCCUGGAGCGCGAGGUGUCCGUGCAGCAGCAGAUCGCGGCCGCCGCCCGCCGCCUGGCCUUGGCCCCCGAGCUGAGCGGCGAGCAGCGCCGGCGCCGGCGCCAGGUGCAGGCAGAUGCGCUGCGGAGGCUGCACGAGCUGGAAGAACAGCUGGGGGACCUCCGGGCCCGCCUCGGCCUCCCGGGGCUCCCCCCGCCACAGCCGCUGGCCCUGGCCGCAGGGGCCGUCGUCGCCGCCCAGGGAAUGUGCCUGGGCACGCGCCUCGCUCAGCUCAGCCAAGAGGACGUAGUUCUGCACUCGGAGAGCAGCUCCCUCUCGGAGUCUGGGGCCAGCCAUGAUAAUGGUGAGGACUCCUGUCCCCCAAACCCGCCCAUCCUUUGGAGGGCCUGCUGGUGGGUAUGGUCUCUAACCUGGGCCUGCCCAUCUCUGUCUAGCCCGACGCGCUCGCUGCCCAGGAGUGCCUCCAGUUUUGAGGGGCGAAGCGUGCCUGCCACCCCUGUCCUCACCCGGGGCGCUGGCCCCCAGCUUUGCAAACCCGAAGGCCUGCAUUCUCGCCAGUGGUCCGGCAGCCAGGACUCCCAGAUGGGCUUCCCCCGGGCAGAGCCUGCCUCCGACCGCGCCUCCCUCUUCGCAGCCCGCACCCGUCGCAGCAACAGCUCUGAGGCCCUGCUCGUGGACCGGGCGGCCGGUGGGGGAGCUGGCUCCCCGCCUGCGCCUCUGGGUCCCCCUGCCGCUGGCCCCCCGGUCUGCAAGAGCAGCGAGGUGCUGUACGAGCGCCCCCAACCAACCCCUGCCUUCUCCUCCCGCACAGCUGGCCCCCCAGACCCUCCCCGGGCUGCCCGGCCUAGCUCAGCUGCCCCUGCCUCCCGUGGGGCCCCCCGGCUCCCGCCCGUGUGCGGGGACUUCCUCUUGGACUAUUCCCUGGACCGGGGCCUGCCCCGCAGCGGCGGCAGCGGUGGGCCAGGCUGGGGGGAGCUGCUGCCUGCAGCUGAGGUCCCAGGAGCCCUCUCCCGCCGGGACGGGCUCCUCACCGUGCUCCCAGGCCCACCACCCGUGUAUGCAGCUGACGGCAGCAGCCCCCUCCUCCGCAGCAAGGACCCCCACGCCCGUGCCACCCGCACCAAGCCGUGCGGCCUGCCCCUGGAGGCCGCCGAGGGGCCGGACGUGCAUCCGAACCCUCUGCUGUGGAUGCCCCCGCCCACCCGGAUCCCCCCGGCCGGGGAGCGCAUCGGCCACAAGAACCUUGCCCUGGAGGGGCUGCGGGACUGGUACAUCCGCAACUCGGGACUGGCCGCCGGGCCGCAGCGGCGGCCUGUGGUCCCCCACGUGGGCCCGCAGCACCCGCCCUUCCUCCAUGCCCGCUGCUAUGAGGUGGGCCAGGCCCUGUACGGGGCCCCCAGCCAGGCGCCGCUCCCACACUCGAGGAGUUUCACGGCACCCCCUGUCUCCGGCAGAUACUACGCGGACUUCCUGUACCCCCCGGAGCUGAGCGCUCGUUUAAGUGACCUGACGCUAGAGGGGGAGCAGCCCUCCAGUUCUGACCCCCAGACCCCGGGGACGCUGGUCUGACCCCUUCUGAUACACCCCUUGUUGGCCUGGGCACGACUAUAGUCUGGGGGAGCGCACAGCUGACCUCGCUGAACCCUGGGGUGUGGUUGCUGUCGGUCCUGGGGGGUGCCGACCUGAUCUUCCAAGGCCCCUGGCUCCUCGUGGACCCACAAAGGUGUCUGACACCCUGCUUCCCCUCUCACACUGUGCUGGGAACUGGGGCCCUCAGCCAGCUUAAGAGGGGCAAUGGUGUAACAGGGACUCCAGGCCCCUUUCUCCAUUUCUGUUUACACUUGUGAUUUAGGUCUUCACUGUCUUCCCCCAACACUAGACGUUUUAUAAAAGGGAAACUGUGAUCUCGUCCUGGUUGGGUUCAUUCCUGUCCCCACGCCCAGCCUGUUCCAUUCAGGAAACCCCACCCCCCUAAAAUAAACGGACCAUAUAGGGUCUCAGGGCCCUUUUCGGGGCAGCCAGGAGACUCUGGUGUGAACAGGACCCCCCGCCACCCCCCACCAGGCCAGUUCUUGAGGAGGUGGGCUCUCUGCCCACAUUUGGAAGGACUGAAGUCUGGGUAGGGGGCUUCGGUUCAUUUUCCUACCCCCAGGGGCGCCCGAGGGAGCCCCAGUCCUUGUCCGCCUGUCUGUGCCCGCUGCCUGUACCCGCAGGAUGAGAUGGCCCAGCCCCCGCGCUAUCUAGCCCCGUCAGGCAGCCGGCCGUGCGGGGGGGGGCCGGGGGCAGAGCGGCUGGGUGUGUCACGUCCUGGGAUGCUGUGGUGGUGAAGCCUGGCAUCCGCUCGAUGCCAGUAAAAUCCUCAGGUGACCGCUGGCCAAAAGCUGCGUCACAUCUUCCUUGGCUUGCUUUCCACCCACCACUUUUUAAAACAAAUCUACACAAGCUGUGUUUUCUAUGAUACCUUUCUGUGACUUUCUGGAGGUGGGGGUCCCCCUACCUCCUUUACCUGGUGUUAAACUUUUCUUUUUCUACCAAUGGAUCUGGGCCCAAGACACUACCCACACUGGAAGGGGAUUUCUACAAUAAAUGUGUAAACCGAA